UUGACAGUACCCUGGUUUUAUUAACAGAAUAAAUAGUGGCAUGUUUUAUUUAUUUUAAUUUUGUUAUGAAAAAGUGAUUCGGGGCACAAUUGUAUGUUAAUAAUAACGUUAACAUUUUAAUGUAAUGAGUAUCAAGGUUAUUAUAUAAUUAUAUUGUGAAAGUGUUUUUGACAUUUAAGCAUCUUGUUGAUUACUUUUACUUUUAUUGGCGUACACACGUGUAUAAUGCGAAUAAAUUAAGUUACAAAACUCUAUAAUACAUAAUAUAUAGAAGAGAUGAGUGCAGGAGGGGCUAAUGCCAUGAACAAUCUACCGCCGGGUGUCAAUCCCGAGAACAACCUAUUGCCUGGUGGACCUAUUAUAAACCAAGGAAUGAAUAGGAAUAGGAAUAAUAAUCAAAAUCCAUUAUUUAAUGUUAGAGAAAGACUAUUUCAUGCAUUAUUUUUCAAGUUUGCUAUUGCAUAUGCUCGUACAUUCCCUCGGCCUGUGAGGAGAUUUUUUGAAUUCCUUGUACUAUUGAAAGCGCUCAUAGCAUUCUUUGUGCUUGCAUAUAUACAUAUAGCUUUCUCAAGAACACCAACUACAUGUUUGAAUCACAUCAAAGAUUCAUGGCCGAGAGAUGGUAUAUUGAGAGUUGAAAUCUUAAGAAACCCUUCCCAAGAUUAUACGAUUGAACAAAGCUAUGCUAAAGAGAGGAAGCUCAAGAAGGAUAAAGAGGAAUUAAAUUCAAUGCUCGGAAUGCUAGCAACUGAAGGAUUCAUCAAUAUAGAGUCUUCAACGAACGAAGAUAUACAAGAAGAUGAGUACUUAAGAGACGGUACAGAUUAUGGGAACAUCACUCGCAUUCAUGACGAAAACGAGGAUUCACCGAGCCAAGUAAUCGAAACUGGAUUCUUUGUGGAGAGUAAACCGGAUAUGAUACAGAGUGAUGGUCAGUCGGAUCUCAAUCAAACAAUAGUAGCAGGUGAAGACGUAGAACCUACGUCGUCUAUUUGGGAAGGAAUUAUGGGACUCGUUGAGGACUUUGAUAGGGAUUCUAAGAUGAAAGAUGAAUCGAUCGACGAAUCAGCGGAUAGUGAUUCUACAAAAGAUGAGGAUUAUAUCCUGGAGUAUUCACUGGAGUACGGAUUUCUUCGUCUAUCUCCGAGUGCAAGACUUCGUUUGAAGAUACCGGUGAAAAUCGUCACCCUGGACCCGCAGAGGGACGAAUGCUUCGGCGAUACGUUCUCUCGUAUUGUUCUUGAUGAGUUCCUGGGUUACGACGACCUUCUUAUGGCUUCGAUUAAGAGUCUCGCUGAACAAGAGGACAAUAAGGGUUAUUUGAGAAAUGUUAUAACCGGUGAGCACUAUCGCUUCGUCUCUAUGUUGACUGCGCGCAGCUCCUACAUCGCCGCUUUCUUCAUAAUGCUCGUCUUUACCGUGUCAAUAUCAAUGCUGUUGAGGUAUGCUCAUCAUCAGAUAUUCGUUUUUAUUGUGGAUUUGCUGCAGAUGCUGGAAUUUAACGUGACUGUGUCGUUCCCAGCGGCGCCACUACUCACAGUUAUUUUAGCUCUAGUUGGUAUGGAAGCCAUUAUGUCAGAGUUCUUCAAUGAUACAACAACAGCAUUCUAUAUUAUUCUCAUCGUAUGGAUAGCCGACCAAUAUGACGCGAUUUGUUGCCACACAGCCAUCGCUAAAAGACAUUGGCUAAGAUUCUUCUACCUGUACCAUUUUUCGUUUUACGCAUACCAUUACCGAUUCAACGGGCAGUACAGCAGCUUAGCACUCGUCACCUCUUGGCUCUUUAUACAACAUUCAAUGUUAUACUUCUUCCAUCACUACGAGCUUCCAGUGAUACUACAGCAGGCGCAGUUACAACAGCUUCUUUUACGGACACAUCAUGGCAUGGGUGGCAUGAUGGGCUUAGCCGGUAUAGCUGCUUUAGCCAGUGGUGCUGCCUACCACGACGCUCCCGGUACUGGUACCCAGGCUACGCCACCCACUACGCAAUCGACAACGCAAACUGUUCAUAAUACAGUUCAAUCUACGACGCAAACGUCACCCUCCGUAUCGACUGUCCAAACAAAUACUACUCAUACUGGAGAAGUGAUAUCUUCUCGCAGUACUUCACCAGAUACAACAGCAACUGAUACUACUACAACUACAGGAAAUCCAAAUGAAGAGCGCGCCGUAGCUGCUCAAGUUGCAGAAGUACUUACCAAUAGAGAAAAGUCUCCAACAGUAACACCGGUCGAGGAAAAGGCUAUAGAAAUUGAAGAAAUCAAAAGAAAGAAGUCAAAUGACGACAUUAAGACGAUGCAUAGUAGCAGCUCGGCUGCCGUAACACUUGAUAGUGACGUAAAGUGUAUUCCAAGUGGAGCUAACGACGACAUUAUGCAUAAAAAUAACUCUAAAAUUGAGAGUUUAACCUUAGAUCGUAGACGAAGAGAGACCAUGGAGGUAAAUGAAGACGAUCCCCCUCCUGUUUCGAGCACAGCGACAACUGCGGUUACAUUGGCUCCCAGAGCGUCCCCCGAGGCUGACGAUUUAGACUAAUAACAUUCAAACUAUGUACCUCUACGCUUUCGAUAAAACAUUCAGUUAAUAUUUCACUUAGAUUUAAAAUAUUCAAAGUCAUGGCCGUAAAUAUAGAUUUAUCGACUAUUGUGAAGUAGAUGGUACUUAUUUCUAAAGGUACUUUUUAAUUUAGGCUUGAAGAUACUUUGACGUGAUAGACAAGAAUGAGAGAUGUGUUUUGGACAAUGCAAGGGAUAUUGUAUUGUAUUGAGUUUUUAGGCGGACGUUAUGGGUAACUUCUCAUAUGCAUUGGUGAUUGUAGUUGUAAGUCAUGGCUGCCAUUACAGCGAGUGUAAAUACCUAUAUGUCGAUAAAUAUUUAUUUGGAUAUUAUUUUGUUGUAUCAAGUUUUUGUUACAUCGAAUAGGCGUAGUGAGAGGUGCUGUAAGUCGGCGUAUUCAUUUCAUUCAGUGAUUUAGUUUAUUGCAAUAAAUAUUUUUGUUCAA